AUGAACACAUCAGAAGAUGUUGAGGAAGCUGAGAGGUUUGAGGAACUUUCUCAAGGUAUUUUAUUUUUAGUUAUGUUAAUAUUUUGUGGUGGGACUUUUUUUAUGACGAAUAUGUCAAAAAUACCUUUACCUUAUACAGUGGUUUUGUUCCUGUACGGUAUAUUUGUUGGAUUUUGGGCCCAUUUGUUUGCACCAGAAGUUGCCACAGCACUCGGAGAUAUUCCACCUGAAUUACUAUUUUACAUAUUUCUACCAGUGUUAAUAUUUGAGGGAAGUUAUGCUAUGAAUGUGCAUGCGUUGCGUCGUGUUUUUCCCCAAGUACUUUUAUUGGCAUCUGUAGGUGUAAUUAUCAAUACUGGUUUACUUUCAUUACCUGUGUCAUGGUUUUUUCCAGAAUGGUCAUGGUAUGCAGCACUACUAUUAGGAUCUUUACUCUCUGCGACAGAUCCAGUAGCAGUUGUAUCAUUACUUAAAGGACUUGGAGUUGACAGUAGAAUUACAGCUAUGGUAGAUGGUGAAGCUAUCAUGAAUGAUGGUACUGCCAUUAUCGCAUUUAAACUUCUGUUACCAGCAGCACGUGUUGGUUAUGUAGAAGAUUCUACAUGGGUAAUAAUUUUAAAAUGUAUUCAACUUGCAAUUUUACCAGUUUUUCUGGGAAUUGUUUUUGGUUCUUUGCAAGCAUUUUGGUUACGUCGUGCAGGAGGUGGGUUAGUAAGGGCAUGUGUGACAGUCUCCGUUACGUACGUAUCUUAUUAUGUUGCAGGAAAUAUUUUAGGUACAAGUGGAGUUUUAACACUCUUCUUUACCGGAACUUUUUUAAGUUCACACUGUCCUUCAAUAUUUCCAGGUCGAGAAGGAAAUUUAAUCUAUGAUAUAUGGGAAUUUUUAGUACAUCUUGGAAAUACAGUUUUGUUUUCCCUUGUUGGUGUUAUAUUAGUAGCAGAUGUUAUACCAACACUAAACAUAAUGGAUAUUAUUAUAAUAAUUUGUAUAUAUAUCUCAAUGCUUUUGGCACGUUUACUUAUGUUAGAAAUUCUAUUACCAAUUCUUAAUCUAUUUUCUUACAGAUUAUCACAACGAGAGGUUGGUUUGCUUGUACAUUCAGGACUUCGAGGAGGGGUAGCAGUAACCCUUGCUUUAGCAGUACUUCAAACUCGAAUUGAAGCAGGUGUUGAAAUUUUAAAGGUUACUUGUGGAGUGGUACUUUUAACAUUAUUUAUUAAUGCUACAACUGCAGAAAAAGUUGUAGCCCUUAUGGGGCAUAAACGUAAAGAGCAACAUCGAAUGGUACAAAUGGAAUAUGCUGUAGAACUUCUAGGGUAUGUUUGUGAAAGAGCACUUGAAACGACGAAAAAUAAUGCUUUUUUUCGUAGUGCUAAUUGGGCUGCAGCAGAAAAUUAUGUAAAAGAACAUCUUCAUAAUCCAUAUGAAGAUAUGAAUACUUUAGAAGAAGAAGAAGAUGUUGUAGUUAAUCGUCUUAUUAUGAGAGCAUUUAAAACUUCUAUGUGGCGUCAACGUGAUAAUGAUCUUAUAUCUGAAACUGUAGUUCUUACUCUUGCAGAAGUUGUGGCACGUGCUAUUGAUAAUGGGCGACUUGUUGAAGUAAAGGAUCUACGAGAAAGAGAGAAUUAUACAGAAGAUAUAAUUUCUGAAGAAGAAGAAGCUAGAUUAAUAGGUGAAAAACUUUUACCUCUUUGGGUAUCUGUUUCAGAAUAUUUUCUUGGGAAAAGAUAUUGGAAGUGGGAACAUGUACGUGCUCAACAAAACGCUUUUAUGAUUUUACUUUCAUUUGCACGUUGUUUAAAUGAUGUAGGUCCAAUUAAAUAUCAAUACGUGAAAAGUGAACUACAGGGACAUCGUAUUGAAUCUUGGAUGACUUCACAACGAGCAGAAGUUCACCGUGUCAUUCAACUUUUUUAUGCAAACUAUCCAGCAGCUACAAUGUGUGUGGCUACUAGCCGAACAGUUCUUAGAGCUGUGGAUGAGAUUCAAAAGGAAUUAAAAAAAUUGCAUGAAAAUCAUGGUUUUGGAAUUAAACCUAUUGCAGUACUUGAGGAAAUGGUACAUGAAAUGCAUGAGGACAUACCUCGUUCAUGGGAAGCUCCGAAACGAGAUAAUGAACUAGUUGUUGCAGCUUUAUCAAAGACACCGUUAGGACGUGGACUUAAACUUGAAGAAAUCAAUGUAUUAAGCGCUAUGGGAAUGACGAAAAACUUUAACGAAGGUGAUGAAAUAAAAGUUGAUGAUAAAAUGUUUUACGUCGUUGUUUUUGGUGCUUUAAAACCCAAACGAGGUCGUUGGACAGCUGCUCAUGAAGAUGUAAGAGGGUUUGGAUGCAUUAUUGGUCUUGAAGCUUUUGUUACACCAUCAAAAUUAUUUGAAAAUCAAAUGAAUCUUUGGAUUGUUACAUCUACUGAAUGUCAGGUUCUUUGUAUUCCAUAUCGGUGUAUUAAUCCUUUUAUCUGGGAAAACUCAUUCGCUUCGGUUCAAGCUUUUUGGCGAGCUGUUGCCGUGGAGACACUUCUCCCUAUAUUAGAGAACCUAGUAACAUUACCAACAAACCUGGAAGAAUCAUCUCAUGUUCACUUAACUGCUAUCUUAAUGGAUGGGAAACCUCUAAUAGGUCCUACAGAAUGUAAUGAAGUAGAAUUAUCCGUUCAAUUUCAUUUAUGUUUUUACCUACGUGGAUCUGAUGUAACUGGUUUAUUCCGUAAUGGACAUACAGCCCCAUGCUACAUAUCAGCUCUUUUUGCUAGACGUCUUAAAUGGGAAGAUCCACAAGUUGUUUUAUACAUUGUACCAGUUAAUGUGUGUGAUGGAGGGUAUGUUCCAUGGUCUUCUGGAAUACAACGUAGUCAGAGUGGACCUUUAGUAUCACAAAGAAAUACUACUGUUGAUAUAGAAAUUACUUCUCCAUUGGUAACAGAAAGUGUUCAAAUGGAUAUUUCAAGCACGUUUGCAGAAGCUGAAGAUAUUUUUAGUUCUAUUUUGCGUGGUUAUGUCCCUGGAGAAGAUGGUUCUUUACCUGUGAAUGAUCAACAAUCAACAGAGUCUGCUGCUACAGAUGAAGUUGAAGAUUGUGUUUUACAGAAUCCAGAUCAUUUUGUUACGAACGUACCAUAUGUUAAUCAACUUUUUAUGCGAUAUGCUACUGUCCUGGAGAGUCUUUGUAUUGCUGCUUUACGUUAUGUUAGAAUCCCAACAGACCCUUUAAAUCUUAGGCAUGCACAAUAUAUAUCUGAGUUGGCGUUGGAUUUUUUGAUGAGUUUUUGUAAUGAAUUAAUGCUAUUAUGUGCAGCAUUACGUCGAAUUCACCACGAUGGUUCAACAAGAUCUUUUCCCACUUCCACUAUAAAAGAGGAGGAAAAUGAAUUGGAGGAUAUGAAAAUGGUAUGCAAGGUGGUAAUGUGGAACCGUAUGGCAGAGACACACAGGGUAUUUCACUUAAGAGCGAUGGUGUUGCAUAUGAAAACUCUGGCCAAUAGACGAUUUCGAAACCUUUCAGAGUUACUAAGAGGACUUGAAGAAGAACAGCCAAAUUUAAAAGAGACAGACUCUGUAGAGGAGUUGCAACGUAUUUUAUUGGGACUAGAUCCAAAAUGA